UCGACGAUGACAACCUGCGGCAGCUGCUGGAGAAGGUGAAGCGGGGAGUGUUCCACAUGCCGCACUUCAUCCCCCCGGACUGCCAGAGCCUGCUGCGCGGCAUGAUCGAAGUGGAUGCGGCGCGGCGCCUCACGCUAGAGCACAUUCAGAAACACAUAUGGUAUAUAGGGGGCAAGAACGAGCCUGAGCCAGAGCAGCCCAUCCCCCGAAAGGUGCAGAUCCGCUCACUGCCCAGCCUGGAGGACAUUGACCCCGAUGUGCUGGACAGCAUGCACUCGCUGGGCUGCUUCCGAGACCGCAACAAGCUGCUGCAGGACCUGCUGUCUGAGGAGGAAAACCAGGAGAAGAUGAUCUAUUUCCUCCUCCUGGACCGGAAAGAAAGGUACCCCAGCCACGAGGAUGAGGACCUGCCCCCCAGGAACGAAAUAGACCCUCCCCGGAAGCGCGUGGACUCCCCAAUGCUGAACCGGCACGGCAAGCGGCGACCUGAACGCAAGUCCAUGGAGGUGCUCAGUGUGACAGACGGCGGCUCUCCGGUGCCUGCUCGGCGGGCCAUCGAGAUGGCCCAGCACAGCCAGAGUAAAGCAAUGUUCAGUAAAAGCCUGGAUAUCGCUGAAGCCCACCCCCAAUUCAGCAAAGAAGACAGGUCCCGAUCCAUCAGCGGCGCUUCCUCAGGCCUCUCCACCAGCCCACUCAGCAGCCCCCGGGUGACCCCUCACCCCUCUCCAAGGGGCAGUCCCCUCCCUACCCCCAAGGGGACGCCAGUGCACACGCCCAAGGAAAGCCCAGCUGGCACACCCAACCCCACACCGCCGUCCAGCCCCAGCGUUGGAGGGGUGCCCUGGAGGACAAGGCUCAACUCCAUCAAGAACAGCUUCCUGGGGUCACCUCGCUUCCACCGCCGGAAACUGCAGGUCCCGACGCCAGAGGAGAUGUCCAACCUGACCCCGGAGUCCUCCCCAGAGCUGGCCAAGAAGUCCUGGUUCGGGAACUUCAUCAGCCUCGAGAAGGAGGAGCAGAUCUUCCUGGUCAUCAAGGACAAGCCCCUGAGCUCCAUCAAAGCCGACAUCGUUCAUGCCUUCCUGUCGAUUCCCAGUCUCAGCCACAGCGUCAUCUCCCAGACCAGCUUUCGGGCCGAGUACAAGGCGACAGGGGGCCCGGCAGUGUUCCAGAAGCCUGUCAAGUUCCAGGUGGACAUCACCUACAGCGAGGGUGGGGCGGCACAGAAGGAGAACGGCAUCUACUCUGUCACAUUCACGCUUCUAUCAGGCCCAAGCCGCCGCUUCAAGAGGGUCGUGGAGACCAUUCAGACACAGCUACUGAGCACACACGACCAGCCCUCCACCCAGCACUUGUCAGAACCCUCCCCGCCAGCGCCAGGACUAAGCUGGGGUGCUGGGCUUAAAGGCCAGAAGGUGGCCACCAGCUACGAGAGUAGCCUCUGACGCUGGCAGACACCACUAACUGUGUGGAGAUGAUGACGGGGAGGCUUUCCAAGUGUGACGAGAAGAACGGGCAGGCGGCCCAGGCCCCCAG